GAAAUCACACCUAUCGUGAAUUUCUGGAAUAGUUUGAAGUUGGAACGAUGAGAACGAUUAAAAGGAAAAUGUGAAAGUAGGAGCAGUCAAUAAAUGUGUGAGGUAUGAUAGAAGUAGAUAACGAAAGCAAACGGCCUAGAGUGUCAUAUCACGGGCUCGGCAGUCACACAAUUACACGUGACCGAAUUCAGGAAAUUGGCGGAAUUAGAAACUGUUGUGGUCGGUUUAUGAAACCCAUGAGCAACGUAUCGGUGGGCGUGGUUAGUGUCACAUUACCAGGUAGGCGUAGUAUUUGUCAACAAACCAAAAGUGGAGGACGUUUAGACUCACGCGGUUUUGUGUAGGCAUUUGACGGAAGGUUUCAUUUUGUCUCACAGUUCAUUUUUCAUCGUAUAAAGAAGUUUGUUUUUAAAAGUGGGCCAAGAUGAGAGGACGUUCUAAAAGACUGGAGGACAAAGAGCGAGUGCACGGAAGAGCCAACAGCGGCGCGCAUCCACUUUCUGAGCCCUGCAAAGCUGAAGCACACGCAGCAACCUCCGAUGCAGCUGCCUCCGGCGUUUGCGCCCAGGAGGCGGCCGACUGGGAAACAGCUCCAAAGCACUGCAGUCAAGAUACAAAGAAGGUCUACCUUGGAGUACGUGUUAAGAUGCCUGUCAAAGAUCUGCUUCGUAACAUCCGUAUAGCCCAGGGCAGGGACCCCCAAGAUCCUCAGCCGAGCCUGCACAGCAAACGAGUACAAGGGGAUAAGAAGCGAUUUAAAACUCGCACAAGAAAUCGAACAAGCAAGAGAAAACGCCCCACCAGUAGCCUGGAGGAGCUAGCAAUCAUCGUUGAGGUGCUAGAGGAGGAUCUGAGGACAGGCACCACAAACAGUUCCACAAUCCAAAUGUCCUCCCCGAGCUCACCAGUAUCUCCUGAGUUCACUUUUGAGUCAAAUGGUACAGGUUACAUGAGUGACGAGUCCGAUGAAAUCAUCCCCAGCCCCCCUUCCCAUACAAUCUACUCACCCGGGAUCGUUGAGUACCACCAAAGCCCACGCCCUCCUGGCUUCGUGACCACAAGUUUUCAGCCCAUGUGGACAGGAGACAGUUGGUACGCUAACUGCACAAUGAGAGGCUCUGAGUUCUUUUGGGCACAGUUGCAGAAGGAGGAGAUCCAGCUGAGGUACAUCUCUGAUGAAGCACUGUUGGCCACUGACCAACACGGCCAAACGGCUCUCCAUAGUGUGGCGAGUGAUGGCAGGAGGGUGCUGGCCUACGCGAUUGCGAAAAGGAUGGCUGCACUCAACAGCUUGGACUUAAAAGACUCUGAUGGAAUGACCGCUCUCCUCCUCGCAGCCAAACACAACCAUCACCUGAUAGUCGAAGAUCUGAUCAAUUUAGGUGCGCGUGUCAGUGAAAGGAACAACUCAGGAAAAUCCUGCCUUCACCUCAGUGCUGAGAAAGGCUUCAUCCGAGUGCUUGAGGUUCUGAAACGCGUUAUGCUGGAGGGUGUGUACAUUGAUGUUGAAGCAACCGAUAAGUAUGGAAUGAGUGUUCUUCAGUGUGCUUCAGUGGCCCUCAAGGCGACGUUGCAGCAAUUGGAAUUGAGCAAGAACCUCAGUCAAACUGGACUCCACAUGCUCCGCAAAGAACAGCUUCUAGAGACCCUGGAGUGUUUACUGCAAAUGGCCAGUUACUCUCAUGUCAUGGGGACCUGGGGUAUGAACGCCUAAGCCGCAGCAUGUCAGCUCAGUAAAGACCCGACAGUAAUGUUCUGAGUAUGAACAGGCUUGGUUUGUGGGAGACCAUCAAGUGUCUUCUCUCACGAAUCCAGUACUGUUACGUAAUGCAUCUAAGGUUGUGUAAAUUCCUUUUUUUAAGAUCUUCACAAAGUUUAGGUGCCCAUUAGAUGGUUUCUGUGAAACUUCAUUGUUUGUUACGUUUGAGUAGCAACUUGCCUUCAGUGUGUGGUCCACUUUUAUAAUCCUAUGGAAAGUUGCUUGUAUUAUGCUGUCUAGCUUGAUGGGAUAUGUUGGUGUACUAUGUGCUGUAUUCGGCUCAGGUUACAAAUCCAUGACCAAGUAAAACUAAAGGAUAUGUUUAUUUGUAUAAACACCAAUGCUCCUCCAUGCACGCACCAAACAAACAAACUCCUACAAAGAAUGGAUGAGCGCCAUCACAGACAACAAUUUGUUUGUCAUCAGCAGACAAUUAACUUGCCUACCUAAAUACACAUACCGGUAAUUGAACUUGUGUUACCAGCUAGGACAGUUGUGGACAUUUUGCAAUGGUAUUAAAUUACUGUUAGCUGACUUGACGGUAAUGUGAUUGUGCUACUCUAAACAUAGCCCAAUCCAAUGUCAUUGUCUGUUUGUGUCAGUUUCCACCAUUUCCAUCUUGAUAUACAGUAGUGAUAAUCAUUUUAUAACCAUGAUAAGUGGAUCAAGAUCAUACUUAAAUAUGAAAGGGCAUGAUAUAUUGUGUGUUGAAAAUUUGUGUUGGGGAACUCUGUUACUUUAUAUUUGUUUUGAGAUGGCGUGUUUCAUGCAGGCACUUUGGGCCAAAUUCUCUUGUGUGCACGAGUUUGAAAAGUGCACAGCUUGCACGCUUUUCUGGCUGCGUGCAUUCUGCCAUGGACAUAAGCACUUUUCUUCUUCCUCACUCCAGAGGCUGUAGUAAGUCUAGCGCCUCGUGAAGGUGAAACAUCGUGUUGCAUGUUUUGAUGGUGUUAACGACCCGGCAACUGCUUCCUCACGCCGACAGCGUGGUACACAACUGGCCGAAACCACUCAGUGACAUUCACUGACUGCCUAAUGGCCGUAUGUCUGUCCUUACCACAUUACUCUGAUGGCCGAACAUCAUCAUAACAUAUUCAUUUAACUCAUUCAAUGCCAGACGUUCUAUAGCCUCCUAUAGCCUCUCACGUGAAAAAAGACAAAAAAAACGAUGUAGUUGGGAUUUAAAUCUUUCUACGUGAUUUUUUUUUUUUCGGCUUCAAACCUGCAACUGCCAGCUUGGAGUUUCUUUUUUUUUUAAUGAAAGCGCGAUUACAACAAGUACAGUCAUUGUAAUGGCAAAAUGAUGAGUUAGAUCAUUAAUCGUUUUUUGAUUCCCUUAUAUGCCGGUCAUCAUCUUUGUUGAAGUGACAUGGCGCAAGAUCUAUAGAACGGCAGGAACAUCCACCGUCUUACUGCUGCACCGCCAAACAUGCAUUCAGUCAUUAACACAGUAUCCUCAUUAAAAUACUUGGAUUCAUUUCGCGGCCCGGUGGUCGACUGGUUAGCGUGUCGGCCUCAUAGUGCAGGGUGCAGGGUUCGAUUCCGGCUCCGGCCUCCCUGUGUGGAGUUUGCAUGUCCUCCCCGUGCCCACAUGGGUUUUCUCCGGGUACUCCGGUUUCUUCCCACAUUUCCCAAAACAUGCCUGGCAGGUGAAUGGUAAACUAAAUUGUCCUUACAUGUGAGUGUGAGAGCAGAUGGUUGUCUGUCUGUGUGCCCUGUGAUUAGCUGGCAACCGGUUCAGGGGGUCCCCUGCCUACUCCCCGAAGACAGCUGGUAUAGACUCUGGCACGCCCCUCGACCCUAAGCGGAUCAGAAAAUGGAUGGAUGGAUGGAUGGAUGGAUUUCAUACUGAAUAGAAACUGCUUUCCCACAAGUAGUGUGUUUGACAAAGCGAUGUGCACCUCCCACUGGCCGCUACGUAACGUACGGUCUAUUUUUAUCUUUAAAGUGUCCUAAAUUGUUUAAAUGGAUUUGAAUGACAUUCACAUGUCUCAGGAAAACUCCAUGCACUUUGAUUUACAGCCAAGCUCAGACUUAAGUGAGUCACGCCUCUUUGAGGUUGCGCACAAUUUCCCAAGGUGUGUCAGAAGUCUGGAUGGAAGAAUGCACAUGCCAGGCACAGGCACGUUUAUUUAAAAAAAAAAAAAAAAAAGUCUUGCAUGUAGACGGUAGAAUAUAGCCCUUGGUGAAUUGCUUUUCAUUUAUGUCACAUUUUACUAUUUCAUCGGGAAGUGUAUAUUUUUUACUCAUUUACAACUGUUAAACAGUUUUUCAAGCCUCGCUUUUAGAUCACGAGAAACACUUUUUACUCUACAACUGUUAUUAUAAUUCCUGUAUGUCGUCAAAUAUAUUCCAGAGGCAUUUCUCCUGUGCUAUUAUUACGGUGUCUGCCUCAAAUACAACAACCUGAUAUUACUUUCUGAUCUUUUGUCAUGUCUUCAAUUGUAUCUGUAUUUGUGCAUAAUGAUUAAUACUAUAACUACAAGUUGCUUCUUUUUCUGAUUUUAUGCCAAAUAUUUGCGGAUGUUCUGAAUACGUGUGCUUUGUCAUUGGCACGAAGCAUAAAGAGAAAGAGCCCUUUGACAAAAAGGGACUUACAAAUAACUGUUGAUUUUGGGAUGAUUUGAUGGUAGAGCCGAAUUGGCAAGGCUAGUAUUGAGACAUUUAUGUGGGAGAUGUGAAAAUACAGCAUUUUGUGCUCUGCACUAUAAGGUGCUUCCAUGUGACAAAGACUCUCUGUGGCGAUGUGCGAAUAUAACUGUGCAUUGCCAUCUUUGAGAACGAAAUAAAGGCAACAUAUUAUCCAAGUC